AGUCCCGUCGUGAUUCGUAUCCAAUUUGAUUGAGCCCUUAACCCUAAUUUCGAUUUCGACGAUCCUCUCUCUGAUGGCGAACGACAAGCAGAUCGAAUCUCACCACCGCAAGCACCGCCGUUCAUCUUCUUCCUCCGACGAAACCGAUAAAUCAUCGAAGCGGCACAAGCACCGUCACCACAAGCAUCAUCACCGCAGGCAUCAUCGCCAUCACCGUGAUAAGAAGCGCGGCGAUGAAAUUCCAGCCGCCGGCGAUGAGACAGAGGCGAUGGAUGUUACGGAGGCGGAUCCGAGUGGAGUUAGUAACGGCCGUGAGGAGGAUGUGGAGGAAGGGGAGAUUCUAGAAGAAGGUGGAAGCGGCGCUGUUUUGGUGAAGACGGCAGAUUCCGAAGGCGAGUCAGGCGAAAUCAAAUCCGAUCAAUUUCAAGAUAAUGAUCUGCCUCCCCUUGCGAAAAAAGGGCGUCAAGGAGAAGAUGUGAGUUCUAAUGGUGUUGUAACGCGUGAAGCUGAAAUGGAGGAUAAGAGGUUGUGUAAAGAAGCUGGAGAUCCUUCAGAGAGAGUUAGUAAAAGAAGGUAUGCGAAUGGCAGGAGCUCAUUUUCUCCAGAAAGCUCUGAAGAGAAGCAUAGGAGCAGAAACAGGUCUCCGUCAAACAGUAGGCAGUCUAACGAAGUCCGUCCUCGGAGUAGAUCUAGGUCACAUGAUAGGGAGAGGGAAAUUUCAAGAUCAAGGAUUGUUGCGGAGGAUGAGUUUUUGGACAGAGGAAGACAUCAUGAUUCUAGUAGGGAUUAUCAUCAUGACAGAGUUGACUCAGGUAGGACUGAGGACAGAUAUCAUCGACGUGGGCGAUAUGAGGAAAAUGACAGACAAUAUAGUCGAGACGUGUUUGAAAGAGAAAGAAGUAAGGAGAAAGAUAUGGACAGGGACGGAAGCAUAAGAGAUAGAGAUUCAGAAGGAAGUAAGCGAAGAGGGAGAGAUAGUGAUCGAAGGAGGGAAAGAGAACGAGAGAAGAGGAGGGAUAUAGAGGUUGACCAUGAAAGGCGAAAAGAGAAGGAACGAGAGCGCAGCAUUGAUAGGAGAAGGGAGAGGGAAGGAGAUUAUUUACGAGAUAGAGACAACGAAAGAGGUAGGAGUAGAGAUAGAACCAGGUAUAACAGCAGAGAGAGUAAGAGGGAAAGGGAUAGUGAAAAAGAUAGGGAGAAAGGAAGAGAAAUCCAGACUGAUAGGGAGAAGUAUAUAAGUAGUGAUGUGGACUACAGUGAGAUGAGGCACGGACAGUCUAGACAAUCAAGAUAUGAUGAGACAGAUGACUUAGAAAUGAGAAGGCCAAAUUCCUUGAAGGCCAAUAAUUCUAAGGAUGAUAAGUCAGAAGAGACGUGGGGAAAUGAUGAAAGGUCCCGAAAUGAGGAUGGCCAAGAUAAUGACGAAGGAGUUGUAUGGAAAACUCCAGAGGAGGAAGAAGAAGAACUAAAUAGAAUCAAGGAGGAGAGCAGGAAGCGAAUGCUAGCCGUACUGGAGAAACAUAAGAAGAAGCCUGAGCAGCAAAAUGAACUUUUCUCUCAGGAUAAGCCGAAAGAUGUCGUUCAGGAAGCUGCCCCAGAGUCGGCUUCUUCUGCAGUUGUCAUAGCAGCUAAUGUUGGUCAAGCCAAAUCUAACAUUGAUGCUGAUGAUGACAAGGCAUCAUUACUGGCUCCAGCAGGGCUUGGUGAAGGUAGCCCAAAGAGUGAAAGGUCAGCUGACAUGUUCCAUGAUGAUAUCUUUGGAGAGUCUCCAGCUGGUAUCCGGAAAGUGGGAGGGAAAGGUGACGGUGUUCCCAUGGUGAGGAGCGGGCUUCAUGAUAAUUGGGAUGAUGCAGAGGGUUAUUACAGCUAUCAGUUUGGCGAGUUAUUGGAUGGUAGAUAUGAAGUCAUUGCUACUCAUGGAAAAGGUGUCUUCUCUACUGUGGUUCGUGCAAAAGAUUUGAAAGCUGGACCUGCUGAACCUGAAGAAGUGGCAAUAAAAAUUAUUCGUAACAACGAGACGAUGCAUAAAGCUGGCAAGAUUGAGGUUCAGAUUUUGAAGAAGCUGGCCGGCGCUGACCGAGAUGACAGGCGCCACUGCGUUCGUUUUCUUUCAACCUUCAAGUAUCGCAAUCACCUUUGCUUGGUGUUUGAGUCUCUUCAUUUGAAUCUUCGUGAGGUCUUGAAGAAGUUUGGCCGCAACAUUGGUCUUCAACUAUCUGCUGUUAGGUCGUAUUCGAAGCAGCUAUUCAUUGCCCUUAAACAUCUGAAGAAUUGUGGGGUGCUUCACUGCGAUAUAAAACCUGACAACAUGCUGGUCAAUGAGGGAAAAAACGUGUUGAAGCUUUGUGACUUUGGUAAUGCAAUGUUUGCUGGUAAAAACGAAGUUACACCGUAUCUUGUUAGUCGCUUUUACAGAUCCCCUGAAAUUAUUCUGGGGCUCGCCUAUGACCAUCCGUUGGAUAUAUGGUCUGUUGGCUGCUGUCUGUAUGAGCUUUAUAGCGGGAAAGUUCUUUUCCCUGGCGCCACAAACAAUGAUAUGUUACGCCUUCAUAUGGAACUGAAAGGUCCCUUCCCUAAAAAAAUGCUUCGCAAGGGAGCAUUUAUUGAUCAGCACUUUGAUCAUGACUUGAACUUUUAUGCUACAGAGGAAGACACUGUCAGUGGAAAGCUGAUGAAGAGAAUGAUCGUAAAUGUGAAGCCGAAAGAUUUUGGUUCAAUCAUUAAAGGUUACCCAGGUGAGGAUCCCAAGAUGUUGGCUCAUUUCAGGGAUCUCUUGGACAAAAUUUUCAUCCUUGAUCCCGAAAGGAGACUGACUGUGUCACAGGCAUUAGCUCACCCAUUCAUCACUGGCAAGUGAAACUACGUUGCCAUUUUCUCUGUUAUAUCAGGAAAUGCUGUUGUCCUAGAUAUCUGUACAUUAUACAUCUUAAUUUUUAAUUUUAAGGUUUCUAAUCUUUGAAUUGUCUCUACCUACCUUCUGCUGCCUGAGAAAGCUUUGGUUACAAUGUCGACAUGGGUGGAGUUCUCAUUACCGACGAUUCUCAGGGGACUUUACUGGUUCUCUAUUGUAAGAAAACUCGCUAAUGGCGCUUUCUUUCUUUAUACUGCUGUGUAAUCAUUCGCGACUUUACUCACUGUAGAAGUCUAUGUUUUGAAACUUUUCAUCUCAAUAAGGAGAGGGCCAUUCUGAAUUAUUUUUAUAAUUUUAUGGAAGCUAUGUGAGAAAUGUCA